GAGGACCUUCCCUGUCUUACAGCACCUCAGAGAACAGCCAGACUAAAACAAUGGAAGACGUUUAUGUGGCAAACACAAUCUUUGCCAUCAAUUUCUUCAAGCAUCUGGCAAAUACGAACACCACCCAGAAUCUCUUCUUCUCUCCGUGGGGCAUCUCAUCCACCAUGGUCAUGGUCUACCUGGGCGCCAGAGGCAACACUGCAGACCAGAUGGCCAAGGUGCUUCAGUUUAAUAAAAAUGGAGUCAAUGAAGUGACCCCCGUGAACUUGGUGAACAUGUCUGGUUGUGAAAUCAUGCAGCGGAUCCAGGUCUCUUAUCCCGAUGCUAUCCAGAAGGCUCAGGCUGAAGACACAAUCCAUUCCGGCUUCCGUGCUCUCAUCGCUGCCAUCAAGGGGUCCAGGGGCAGCUACAUACUGGAAAGUGCCGAUAAGCUGUUUGGAGAGAAGUCUGCAAAAUUCAGGGAGGAAUACCUACAGCUCUCUAAGAAAUACUACUCUGCAGAACCCCAGGAAGUCGACUUCCUUGAAUGUGCAGAAGGAGCCAGAAAAAAGAUUAAUUUCUGGGUUGAGACUCAAACCAAAGGUAAAAUUCCAAACUUGUUACCGGGAGGUUCUGUAGAUGCGGAUACCAAGAUGGUCCUAGUGAAUGCUGUCUACUUCAAAGGAAAAUGGAAAACUGCAUUUGAGAAGAAACUCAGUGGACCUUACCCUUUCCGUGUGAACUCGUCCCUGAGAAAACCUGUACAGAUGAUGCACUUGCAUGAAAAGCUGAACAUUGGAUACAUAGAAAACCUAAAGGCUCAGAUUCUAGAGCUCCCUUAUGCUGGAGAUGUCAGCAUGUUCCUGUUGCUUCCAGAUGAAAUUGCUAAUGUGUCUACCGGCUUGGAGUUGCUGGAACGUGAGUUAACUUACGACAAACUCAACCAGUGGAUCAGCAAAGCCACCAUGGUUGAGGAUGAUGUUGAUGUGUACCUCCCCCAGUUCAAACUAGAAGAGCACUAUGAACUCAAACCCAUUCUGCAAAGCAUGGGCAUGAACGACGCCUUCAGCAAGGGCCAGGCCAAUUUCUUAGGAAUGUCAGAAGAGAGUGACCUGUUUCUGUCCGAAGUGUUUCAUCAAGCCACCGUGGACGUCAAUGAGGAGGGCACUGAAGCGACCGCUGGCACUGGGGCUGUCAUGACAGGGAGAACCGGCCCCGGAGGCCCACAGUUUGUGGCAGAUCACCCUUUCCUCUUCUUCAUAAUGCACAAAACGGCCAACACCAUCCUCUUUUUCGGCAGAUUCGUCUCACCCUAAAAUUGGAAGUUUCUGUUUUUCUACAGAAUUUUGUAGUAUGAGCUAGAAGCCUCAGAAUUGCUUUAAGUACCAAAAAUUUAGGGGCUUUUUCUAUGUGUUUCUGUUCUCUAGAAAAACUUUUCCUACAUACUAAAUAUAAAUACAGAAAUAACCAGACCACGGUCAAUCACAUUACAACCCUAUUAAUUGUCUGGUCUCUUAAAAUGGGAUGAUGUCGUCUUUAGUGCUCCCUUACUCUUCGUUUAUUUUAUAGCAGUACAUUUUAUUAUAUUAUUUAUUAUUUUAUAUAAUUUUUAUUAUUGUUAGCUGUCUAUUUAAUGCACGUGAUACCGUUACAGAAACAGGUGAUCGGUUAUGCUUCUUUCAAAGGAAGUGCAUUUAUUUGUUUUGAAGAGGAAGGAGGAGUAGGUGUUCCUCCAUCCCCUUUUAUGCUAAAAACCUAGAAGAAAGCAUUGACCAACAGACAAAUAUAUAUUAUGUGCAUGUAUAACAUUAUGUAUUACAUAGAUGUGUCUGUAACUGAUGGAAAAUUACAAAUAUAUAAUAAAUAAACAUGUU